GGUUACGACGAAAAAUCCCGAAAUUGAUCGGGACAGGAUAUAGCAGCAGCCAAAACCCUAGCCAAUAUCACCACUGAAACUGAAACUGAAACACUGUGUAUCUCUCUCUGCGUGUAUUUGUAGAACAGAACACGAGUUGUUUAUUUAUAUUGAUAAUUAAUCUGAUUCUCAGCUCCACAGCUUCUUCCUUCAGAUCUCGCCAUUUCUACAAUGGCGGAAUCACUACAAUCCCUAGUUUCCCUAUCCGAAUUGGUUUCUACUUCAUCCACUAACCAACGACUUCGAAUAUUCCAACGUGAAGUCCCUGCGUUUCUCAAAUCAUCUUCUUCAGAUGAAAUGUCUACAGAGCUUGCUUCGUUAUUGACUGAUAUAAUAUUUAGAACGGUUGCGAUUUACGAUGAUCGUAGAUCGAGAAAAGCAGUUGAUGAUGUGAUUGUUAAGGCUUUAAGUGGAACGGUUUUCAUGAAGACUUUUGCAGCAGCGCUUGUUCAGAGCAUGGAAAAGCAGUCGAAAUUUCAAUCUUAUGUUGGCUGCUACAGACUUCUCAGUUGGUCGUGUUUACUUUUGAGCAAAAGCCGGUUUUCCACUGUUUCGAAGAAUGCUUUGUGUAGAGUAGCUGCGGGGCAAGCUUCUUUGCUUAAUAUUGUUUGGAGUAGAUCUUUUCGUGAAAGAAGGGCUUGCAAGAAAAAGAUUUUCCAUUUGUUUUCGAAGUCACCGGAUAUUUAUAAAGUCUAUGUACAAGAAGUGAAAAAUGGCCUAAUUCCUUAUAAGGAUGGUCCGGAAUUAUUGUUGUUGUUGUUGGAGUUCUCAACUAGGUCACCCUCUUUAUUUGGAGAGUUCAAGUCAGCUUUUCUUGAUAUUUAUGUUAAUGCAAUAUUGAAUGCAAAGGAAAAGCCAGUAAAGAGUCUCAUUGAAGCAUUUCAUCCACUGUAUUUGCAAAUGUCACAUGAAGAUUUUGGAAUUAUUGUUUUGCCGGCUGCUGUUAAAAUGCUUAAGCGCAACCCGGAGAUUGUGUUGGAGUCUGUUGGAAUUCUUUUGAAGUCGGUCAACCUUGAUUUGAGUAAGUAUGCUGCGGAAAUUCUUUCAGUAGUACUAGUACAGGCUCGACAUGCUGAUGAAGGGAGAAGGGAUGUGGCAUUAGCUAUAGUCAGGAGUCUGAGCCAAAAAUCCAGCAAUCCAGAUGCGUUGGACACAAUGUUCAAUGCUAUCAAAUCUGUUAUUAAAGGUUCAGAAGGGAGGUUGGCCUUUCCAUACCAGAGAGUUGGAAUGGUGAAUGCGAUGCAAGAAUUAUCUAAUGCACCUGAUGGCAAAUACCUCAUCAGUCUGUCUCAAACAAUAUGCAAUUUUCUUUUAUCAUUCUACAAGGAUGAUGGAAACGAGGAGGUUAAAAUUGCGACUUUGUCAGCUAUAGUUUCUUGGGCGGUUAAAUCUACAAAUAUUAUUCAAGAGAGCUUAGUUUCCUUUUUUGCUUCUGGUCUCAAAGAGAAGGAAACUUUAAGAAGGGGUUUUCUGCGUAGUCUACGUGCUAUAUGCAAAAAUGCAGAUGCUGUCUUAAAGAUGUCAUCAUUGCUUAGCCCUCUUGUUCAACUUGUAAAAACUGGUUUUACCAAAGCAGUGCAACGAUUAGAUGGCAUAUAUGCAUUGUUAUUAGUUGGGAAGAUAGCUGCUGUUGAUAUCAAAGCUGAUGAAAUAUUGGUAAAGGAAAAAAUGUGGUCUACCAUAUCACAAAAUGAACCUUCACUCGUGUCCAUUUCCAUGGCAUCAAAGCUAGCAGUUGAAGAUAACAUUGCUUGCGUUGAUCUUCUUGAAGUGCUUCUUCUCGAACAUUUACCACGUACAUUAUCCAACUUCUCAGUCAGAUCGCUGUUACAGUUAAUGAUUUUUUUUAUAUGCCAUCCGAAGUGGGAUAUUCGAAGAAUAGCUUAUAAUGUUGUUAAGAGGAUUAUUUCUUCUGUCCCACAAUUAUCUGAAGAUCUUUUCUCUGAAUUUUCAAAGUAUCUUUAUUUGGUUGAGGAGAAAAUUUCAGCUUUAAGAAUAAGUGACACUGAUAUUUCUUUGGACCCUCAAGUUCCAUUCAUUCCAUCCGUUGAGAUUUUGGUAAAGGCUCUACUGAUGAUGUCAUCUGCAGCUAUGAAAGUUGCUCCAGAUUCAUUUGUCAGAUUAAUACUUUGCUCACAUCACCCAUGUGUAGUUGGUAGUGCAAAAAGAGACGCUGUGUGGAAGAGGCUGUCUAAGUGUCUGCAAGCACAUGGCUUUGAUGUAAUUGAUAUUGUGUCUGCUAAUGUCGUAAACAUUGUACAGGUCUUACUGGGACCAAUGGGUUUGAGGAGUGUUAAUCCACUAGAACAAGAAGCAGCAAUAUCAUCACUGUCCAACUUGAUGUCUAUAAUCCCUGGAGAUACAUAUACAGAGUUUGAGAAGCAUUUGCUAGAUCUUCCUGAGCGGUUUUCUCAUGAUGCACUUUCAGAGAAUGACGUCCAGAUCUUUCAUACGCCUGAAGGAAUGCUUUCUACUGAGCAAGGCAUUUAUAUUGCUGAAUCUGUUGCUUUUACGAACACAAAACAAGCAAAGGGCCGUUUCCGGAUGUAUAAUGAUGAAGAUGGCUUGGAUCAUGCCCAAUCUAACCAUUCAAUGAAGAGAGAUCAACCUAGUAGAGAAGCGGCUGGCACAGGGAAAAAGGACACUGGGAAGGCAACAAAGAAGGCUGACAAAGGGAAGACAGCAAAGGAAGAGGCAAGAGAAUUGCUGCUUAAGGAGGAAGCUUCAAUACGUGAUAGAGUCCGUGAAAUACAGAAAAAUCUGUCUUUGAUGCUAAGAACUCUUGGAAAUAUGGCCAUUGCUAACUCCAUUUUUGCACAUAGUAGGCUGCCUUCAAUGGUCAAAUUUGUUGAACCUUUACUGCGAUCACCUAUUGUAAGUGAUGAGGCUUUUGAAACCCUGGUGAAGUUAUCAAGAUGCACGGCUCCUCCUCUAUGCGAUUGGGCCCUUGACAUUUCCACUGCCAUACGUCUAGUUGUGACCGAUGAAGUUCACCUUCUGUUGGAUCUUGUUCCAUCAUUUGCUGAAGAGGAAGUCAACCAAAGGCCAUCCCAUGGCCUUUUUGAGCGAAUUAUAGAUGGCUUAUCCACUUCUUGUAAAUCAGGAGCCCUCCCUGUUGAUUCUUUUUCUUUUGUAUUCCCUAUAAUGGAGAGAAUUCUUCUGUGCUCAAAGAAAACAAAAUUUCAUGAUGAUGUGCUUCGCUUAAUUUACUUACACAUGGAUGCUCAUCUACCUCUUCCUAGGGUUCGAAUGCUAUCGGUUCUUUACCAUGUCCUUGGUGUUGUUCCAGCUUAUCAAGCAUCAAUAGGACCUGCUCUAAAUGAGCUGAGUCUUGGUUUCCAGCCUCACGAAGUUGCUUCUGCACUUUAUGGGGUUUAUGCAAAAGAUGUUCAUGUGAGAAUGGCAUGCUUGAAUGCCGUCAAGUGUAUCCCUGCUGUUUCUAGCCGUUCUCUACCCCAGAAUACUGAGGUUGCAACAAGUAUAUGGAUAGCAUUACAUGAUCCUGAGAAGUCAGUUGCUGAAGUGGCAGAAGACAUAUGGGAUCAUUAUGGGUUUGACUUUGGAACAGAUUUUUCGGGAAUUUUCAAAGCACUUUCUCAUGUUAACUACAAUGUCCGCCUGGCAGCUGCUGAAGCUUUAGCUGCUGCGUUGGAUGAACACCCAGAUAAUAUACAAGUAUGCUUGCUUAUAACUUUAACACAUCGUUGGACAUUUUAUCUCAUAUCUACUAAUAUUUUUCAGGAGUCCCUUUCCACUUUAUUUUCACUGUAUAUUCGUGACAUGGGAAAUGGAGAUGACCAUGUUGAUGCUGGUUGGCUGGGUAGGCAAGGUGUAGCAUUAGCACUACAUUCUGCUGCUGAUGUGUUGAGAACAAAAGACCUACCCGUUGUAAUGACAUUUCUAAUAUCAAGAGCACUGGCUGAUCUAAAUGCUGAUGUUAGAGACAGAAUGAUUAAUGCUGGUAUUUUGAUCAUUGAUAAAAAUGGAAAAGACAAUGUCUCAUUGUUAUUCCCGAUAUUUGAGAACUAUUUGAACAAAACGGCACCAGAUGAAGAACAGUAUGACUUGGUUCGCGAGGGUGUGGUUAUCUUCACCGGAGCUCUGGCAAAACACUUGUCCAAGGAUGACCCCAAGGUUCAUGCUGUUGUUGACAAAUUGUUGGAUGUUUUAAACACUCCUUCAGAAUCUGUUCAACGGGCUGUUGCUUCCUGUCUAUCACCAUUAAUGCAGUCAAAACAGGAUGAAGCAGCAGCUCUUGUUACUCGAUUGUUGGAUCAGAUGAUGAAAAGUGAAAAAUAUGGAGAACGCCGGGGGGCUGCUUUUGGACUUGCGGGAGUGGUUAAGGGAUUUGGCCUUUCUUGCUUGAAAAAGUAUAAGAUUGUGAUUAUUCUUCAAGAGUGUCUUGCUGAAAGGAACUCUGCAAAAUCUCGUGAAGGAUCCUUACUUGGAUUUGAAUGCCUUUGUGAAACGCUUGGAAAACUGUUUGAACCGUACGUGAUCCAGAUGUUACCAUUGCUUUUGGUUUCCUUCUCUGAUCAAGUAGCUGCAGUUCGGGAAGCAGCUGAAUGUGCGGCCCGUGCAAUGAUGUCUCAACUUAGCGCUCAAGGAGUGAAGCUUGUCCUUCCAUCUCUUUUGAAGGGUCUUGAGGAUAAAGCUUGGAGGACAAAACAAAGUAGUGUACAAUUACUUGGCGCUAUGGCUUACUGUGCUCCUCAACAGUUGUCUCAGUGCCUCCCUAAAAUUGUACCAAAAUUGACUGAGGUUUUGACUGAUUCCCAUCCUAAAGUCCAGUCAGCUGGGCAAACGGCCCUUCAACAGGUUGGAAGUGUGAUAAAGAAUCCAGAAAUAUCAGCUCUUGUCCCUACACUACUUAAAGGACUUAGUGAUCCUAAUGAGCAUACAAAAUAUUCCCUUGAUAUUCUUCUCCAAACAACCUUUGUUAAUUCGAUUGAUGCCCCAUCACUUGCAUUGUUGGUACCAAUAGUACACAGAGGAUUGAGGGUACGGAGUGCUGACACUAAGAAGAGAGCUUCACAAAUAGUAGGAAACAUGUGUUCCUUGGUUACAGAGCCUAAGGACAUGAUUCCAUAUAUAGGAUUAUUGCUCCCUGAAGUCAAAAAGGUUCUUGUGGAUCCUAUCCCAGAAGUUCGGUCAGUUGCUGCUAGAGCCAUUGGAUCCCUUAUAGGAGGAAUGGGUGAAGAAAAUUUCCCUGAUCUUGUCCCAUGGUUGUUUGAAACUCUGAAGUCUGAUAAUAGUAAUGUUGAGCGCUCUGGAGCGGCUCAAGGCCUGAGUGAGGUCUUAGCUGCACUUGGUGUUGCGUUCUUUGAGCAUGUAUUGCCAGACAUUAUUCGAAAUUGCUCCCAUCAAAAGGCAUCUGUUCGAGAUGGAUACUUGACACUGUUUAAGUAUUUGCCACGGUCCUUAGGAGUCCAGUUCCAAAAGUAUCUUCCCCAGGUGCUGCCUGCAAUCUUAGAUGGUCUUGCUGAUGAGAACGAAUCAGUCCGUGAUGCUGCACUAGGGGCUGGCCAUGUCUUGGUCGAACAUUAUGCAACAACGUCUCUACCUCUGCUCCUACCAGCUGUUGAGGAUGGCAUAUUUAAUGAUAGUUGGCGUAUUCGACAGAGCUCCGUGGAGCUAUUGGGGGACCUAUUAUUCAAAGUUGCUGGAACUUCUGGUAAAGCUUUACUUGAGGGGGGAAGUGAUGAUGAAGGUUCUAGUACUGAGGCUCAUGGACGUGCCAUCAUUGAGGUUCUGGGGCGUGAAAAGCGUAAUGAAGUACUUGCUGCACUGUAUAUGGUUCGAGCAGAUGUUAGUUUGUCAGUACGUCAGGCUGCAUUACACGUGUGGAAAACUAUUGUGGCAAAUACUCCAAAGACUCUUAGGGAGAUUAUGCCAGUUUUGAUGGAUACUUUAAUUGCAUCCCUUGCAUCUGCAUCAUCUGAAAGGCGGCAGGUUGCUGGACGAUCACUUGGUGAGCUUGUCAGAAAGCUUGGUGAACGCGUGCUUCCCUUGAUAAUCCCAAUUUUAUCUCAGGGUCUGAGUGACCCUGACAGCAGCAGAAGACAGGGUGUAUGUGUUGGUCUGAGUGAAGUGAUGGCAAGCGCUGGUAAAAGUCAGUUGAUGACCUUCAUGACCGACCUCAUCCCCACUAUUCGGACUGCCCUUUGUGAUAGUGAGCCUGCAGUUCGUGAAUCAGCGGGCUUAGCCUUCAGCACUCUGUACAAGAGUGCUGGAAUGCAAGCUAUCGAUGAGAUCGUUCCGACUCUUCUACAUGCAUUGGAGGAUGAUGAAACUUCUGACACUGCACUUGAUGGCCUUAAACAAAUUCUGAGUGUAAGAACAAGUGCAGUCUUGCCUCACAUUCUACCCAAACUGGUUCAUCCUCCAUUGUCUGCCUUCAAUGCGCAUGCUCUGGGGGCUUUAGCAGAGGUUGCUGGGCCUGGUCUUGACUUUCAUCUUGGUACUGUGCUUCCUCCUUUGCUAUCAGGAAUGAGUAAUGUUGACCAGGAGGUUCAAACUUCUGCUAAGAAGGCUGCCGAGACAAUAGUCUUGGUUAUUGAUGAUGAAGGUGUUGAGCCACUAAUAUCAGAGCUUGUGAAAGGUGUUAGUGAUAGCCAGGCUGCUGUCAGAAGAUCCAGUUCAUAUCUGAUAGGAUAUUUCUUCAAAAACAGCAAGUUAUACCUGGUUGACGAAGCUCCAAACAUGAUAUCUACCCUAAUCAUUUUGCUGAGUGAUAACGAUUCAUCUACUGUUACUGCUGCUUGGGAAGCUUUGUCAAGGGUCAUUAUUUCGGUACCCAAGGAGGUACUCCCUUCAUAUAUAAAACUAGUUCGUGAUGCUGUAUCCUCGUCCCGAGACAAGGAACGAAGGAAGAAGAAGGGAGGACCAGUUCUCAUACCUGGAUUUUGUCUUCCUAAAUCACUGCAGCCCAUAUUGCCAAUUUUUCUCCAAGGUCUCAUAAGUGGGUCUGCUGAAUUGAGAGAGCAGGCAGCAUUGGGACUUGGUGAACUGAUAGAGGUGGCUGGUGAACAAUCGCUCAAGGAGGUUGUCAUCCCAAUAACAGGGCCUCUUAUUCGCAUAAUAGGUGACCGUUUCCCAUGGCAAGUGAAGAGUGCAAUUUUGUCUACUCUGACUAUCAUGAUUAGAAAGGGUGGUAUCUCUCUGAAACCGUUUCUUCCUCAACUGCAAACAACAUUUGUCAAGUGUCUACAGGAUAAUACAAGAACUAUCCGUUCUGGUGCUGCCCUGGCCCUUGGGAUGCUUAGUGGACUCAAUCCCAGGGUUGACCCUUUAGUUAGCGAUUUGCUUUCCAGUCUGCAGGGAUCAGAAGGUGGUGUCCGUGAAGCUAUUUUGAGUGCUUUGAAAGGUGUACUGAAGCAUGCUGGGAAGAAUGUGAGCUCUGCUGUUAGAAGUCGUAUUUACAGUGUUCUGAAGGAUUUAAUUCAUCAUGAUGACGAUCGAGUUCGAAUGUAUGCUGCGAGCAUAUUGGGCAUGUUGACACAGUAUCUCGAAGCAGAUCAAUUCACAGAGUUGAUUCAGGAACUGUCAAGUCUAGCUAAUUCAGCACACUGGCCUCCUAGGCAUGGUUCCAUCCUUACAAUCUCUUCCUUGCUCUAUCACAAUCCAGCUCCGGUUUUCUCGUCUUCCUUGUUCCCAACUAUUGUCGAUUGCCUUAGAGAUACAUUGAAGGAUGAGAAGUUCCCUCUUCGUGAAAGUUCAACCAAGGCAUUGGGAAGGCUGCUUCUUUAUAGAGCUCAAGUGGAUCCUUCCGACCCAGUGCUUUACAAAGAUGUUCUUUCAUUGUUAGUUACAUCCACACGUGACGAAUCCAGUGAAGUUAGAAGAAGGGCAUUAUCUGCUAUAAAGGCUGUUGCCAAAGCAAACCCUUCCGCUAUUAUGUCACAUGGCACGGUUAUUGGCCCUGCAUUAGCAGAGUGUUUAAAAGACACAAAUACCCCAGUUAGACUCGCUGCAGAACGAUGUGCUGUACAUGCCUUCCAACUAACAAAGGGUUCUGAAAAUGUUCAAGCAGUACAGAAGUAUAUCACUGGCUUGGAUGCUAGACGUCUAUCAAAGUUUCCUGAAAAUAGUGAUGAUAGUGGAGACAGUGACGAAGAUAUGUCAACUAGUUAAGAAGUUUGUAUUUCAUUUCACUUGAAAAGGUGUAUACGGAAUAUCAAUCGACAACCAAAUGUGUAAUCGCAGCAUAUUAGAAUCAAAGAUAUAGAUAGGUAUACGCAUCGCAAGGCUUAUAACCCAAUUUUUUCUGCCUGGGUAUUUGAUUGUGUUAAUAUAAUUGUAAAUCAUGCGGCAAAUUGUCUGUAACAAUACUGUUGUUUUUAGUACUAAUUCAAUUUUGGUGGUAAUAUGUAUUUUGUUUUUCUGUAAUAUAUUUGUGUUCAUACGUCAA